AAAUGUUGGCAAGCCUGUAAUAUGACGUCAGUCGCCUUUACAUCAAACGUCAAUGGUGCGUCAAAUUAUUUUGGAAUUUAAAAGAGCCCCAAAGAAGUCUCCACUUCAAAGAUAACCCUUUUUAUUUUUCUAUGGAAGAGCACCUAUGGGAAAAGGCUAGAAAAUUAUCCUAAAGUAUAAUAUAAUAAAACAGUUUUAAAUUUGAAAUAUGAAUCCAGGAAAGAAAAUAUCCUUUGGAUUUAGUAAAUUAAGCAAGAAACCUCAAAUUAUCAGUAAACCAAAAGAAAAACAAUUGGAAUUUGUUGACCAUUUAGAAGGACAAUCUAUAAAAUUAAAGAAUGAACAACAAACCAUUGAAAAGGAACCGCUGAUUAUUCCAUUGCGAGAUAAUAAAAAAGAUCUAAUGGAUAGAGUGAGAGAUAUGAAAGCUAAACAAAAAUCCAAUGCAGAAAUAGAAGAUAAUAGACCUGAUUCUGAGUUGACUGAAGAUGAAUUAGCAGCCAGAGAACUACUAAGAGAGGCCAAACUUAGGAUAGCGGGGCACCAUUCAACAGAUAAUAAAGUUUUUGUUCUACCAAUAAAAACAGAAGCUGAGCUUCCUUUAGAAGGUGAAAAAGAGUCAACUAUAGACGACUACGAAAAUGUACCCGUUGGUGAUUUUGGUCUUGCAAUGUUAAGAGGAAUGGGCUGGAAAGAAGGAGUUGGAAUUGGAAAAAAUCCAGCUACGUCAUCAUUAUUUAAGCCACCUGAAUUGAGACCAAAGGGAUUAGGGUUAGGGGCAAGUACUAUAGCUAAUUCUGAUCAGAAGAAUAAACAGGUUGCAGAUAACAAUGGGGAAGUUUUAAUUCUAAAAAGUGGUAGCUAUGCCAAAAUUGUUGCUGGCAAUCAAAAAGGAAGUUAUUGUGAGGUACAAGGACUAGAUGAUGAAGCAGGUAGAAUAAUAGUUAAAACUACUUUAAAAGGUAACAUUUUGGCUCUAAAUGAAUUCAUGUUAGUUGCUGUAACAAGGGAAGAAUAUUCAAGGAACUCGAAAACGUUAAAUAACGCCAAAUUUGAUGCAUACAAGGAAAUGGAACAAAAAAAACGUAUGCCUGAAAUGAAGCCUGAAAAAAGUAGUAUAGAAGAUAAAAUCAAACAGGAAAAUGGUACAAAAACAAAAAAUGAAAAAAAUAUUGGUAACUAUGAAAAAUCAGAAGCCAAUUAUAAAAAAAGCUUUAGUAUAAAACCGGAAAAAUCUAGUGAUGAUGAACGAAAAAGUAAAAAAGAAAAAUCAUCAAAACACAGAAAAAAAGACAAAGAUGAUUCUUCAGAUUCAGAUAGUGAUUAUGAAAAAUCUAGAAAAACCCACAAAAGAAAAGAUAAAAAAAGGCACCGAGAUAAAAGUCGGUCUCCUAAUAGAAAAUACAAAAGCAGCAGAAAAUCAUCAAGAAGCAAACACAGAUAUAGUUCUUCAGAUUCAGAUUCUGGACAUGAACUAAAAUAUAACAGUCACAGUAGGAGUGAAAGUGAUGAUAACCGACAUAGAAAAAAAAAUAAAAAACAUAUUUGAAGUGUAAUAAUGUUUUCCUUAUAAAUAUUCUUUCAUCCACUUUUACAUUAUAUUUAAUAUAGCAAACUUUUUG